AGAUUUUCCUGUCUGAAUUUUUAUGCAGGUGAUGAUUGUAUAUCACAGAUUGCUCUUCCCUUCCUAUUGAGGCAUGUUUCACAAAUGCAGUUCUCAAGUACACUGUGGUUCUUCAUUCCUUGUGGUCUAGCCUUACUCACCUGGCUCUUCAUGAAUUGGGAUGAGAAGGAGGGCAUUAUUCCUAUUUUCAUCAAAUAUUGGCAAGGUGACUUAGGUGAGUUGAGAGAAGAAAUAGGAGAGCCAAUAAUACUCUGGUGGCAUCCAUACAGCAGUGUGCCUGAGGAGUACCUGGAAUGCAGCCAUUCAACACGAUGCUUUGUCACGAAUAAUAGGGCUUUACUCAAAAAUGUUAAUACCAAGGUGGUGGUGUUUUAUGGGUCCCAUUGGAAUGUAUCAGACCUUCCCCUUCCUCGAGAGCAAGAUCACAGGUGGGCCUUGAUCCACGAGGAAAGCCCCAAAAAUGUCUUCAUGCUCAGCCAUAUACAAGUCCUAAGUGUCUUCAAUGCAUCUGCAACAUUCAGCAGACAUUCAGAUUUCCCUCUCACUCUUCAGAGCCUUUCAUCACUCCAAGACCUCAUUGGAAGAGACUAUUAUGUUGAGGUCAAGGAGAAGUCUUCUCUUCUGAAUGGAGGUGAUUUGUCCCCAGUUGUAUUUCUCAGCUCUGACUGUGAUACCCCAAGUGAACGAGAAGCCUUUGUUUCUGAGCUUCAGUCUUUCAUUCCCAUUGACUCCCUGGGCUCCUGUCUCAACAACAAGAAAUUGCCUCCCAGUCUGGAAGGUAUGGAGAGUGGAGUGAUGUCACCAGAGCUUCUCACCAUUUUGGGAAGGUACAAGUUCCAUGUGAGCAUUGAAAACUAUCCAUGUGAAGACUACUUGACAGAGAAACUUUGGCGUCCUCUAAUUGUUGGCUCUGUCCCUAUCUACUUUGGCUCACCAUCUGUCCGUGACUGGCUACCUAACAAGAUGUCUGCCAUUCUCCGAGAGGAUUUUUCUUCUAUACAGGAAUUAGGAAAUUACUUGAAGUACCUAAAUGAGAACCAUUCAGCAUAUGAGGAAUAUUUGAGCCAUAAGAUUGAAGGAAGGAUCUCCAAUUCUGGCUUGAUUCAAGCUAUGGAAGGACGAACUUGGAACAUUGAUGAAACUGGAUCUUUAUUCUUUGGUGCAUUUGAAUGUUUUCUGUGUGAGCACUUGCAUGGGGACCUGGAGAAGUUUGCAUGGAGACCUUUACCAGCUUCCCACCUGGCUUGCCCUCCACCCCAUUCCUCGGUGACCCUUCAAGAAAAUCUUGAGAAUUUCUGGACUCGAGCAUGGCAUCAUGGUGCUGUGGAAGCAAGGGUCUUCCAACAACUCCUUUCCCAAUAUCCUCAUGGGAUUCCAUCCCAAAUAUACCAAGAUCAUAUUCUUGAAGCUCUAAAUAAAAAUUGAGUUGUGAUUUACUUCCUUUUGUGUGAGUGACAGACCUUAUCAAGUCAGC